AUCCGUUUGUCUAAAUUAAUUAAUAAUAUCUGCAGAAUAGCUCAGAAACUGUGGGACAAAAUGCAGGAGCAACUCAUUAUCACAGGCAGGCAGUCCCGCUGAAUUACUCCAGCAUUUUGUCUUUAUCUUCGGUGUAUGACCAGCAUCAGAAGUUUCUUCGACACAACUCAGAAACUGGUCUGGCUCGUAGAUUAUGACCAUUGUCUGGUGUUUGGAAGCCAUGUUGGUAGUCUUUGUGGUCCUUCCCCAGAUGCCAGUAUCACCAUCAAGACCACAUUAUCAAAUGGAUGAAACUUUUAAAUGAUGUCUGGACCAGUAGACUGAGAAAUUGCAUAAAAAUAUCCCGGCUGUGAGAUGAUUGGCUGUCAAUAACCAUCUUUCUAACAAUCUCGACAUCCUUUGUGCUGGGAGUGAUUUCAGUCAAUUGAGAGUUUUCUCUCAAUUCCCAUUGACCUUGGUUUUACCAAGGCUUCCAGAUGUUAAGGGAUCUUACCUCGCAUCUGGAAUGCAGCUCUUUUGUAUAUGUUUGGUCCAAGGUUGCAAUGAAGCCAAGUGGUCUUGGUGGAAUGCAAAUGGGUAACAAAGAACAGAUUAUCAAUAAGCAUUGUCUUCAGCUACUUCCAUCAUGCUGCUAAUAAAGGCUCCAUCAUGAGAGUAGUCUAACAGAAUCAUUUAUAGGCAUAUGUCUUAUUAGUGGAGGACAGUACUUACCUGGGUAACUUUACCUAUGGUUGCAUAGAUAAUAUCAGCAGUACUGAUGCUGAACGGGAAUUGUCUGGCUCAGAUGUAACCAGUAUUGGAGCACAAUUGUUUUGCAGUCUAGAUGUUGUUGGCACAUAACCUUUGUUGUACCCAGUGCUUUGGGUCAUUUCACAAUAUCACAUGGCAAUAAAUCAAAGUGACUGAAAUGUCGAUGAAAACGGGACCUCAGAAGGAAGCCAAUGUAAAAUAUCUGCUCAGUGUUCAUUUCAAACACUUCACCCGUUUCCCCGAAUGGCCCCAUUAUUCUAUUAACUGUCAAUCAUUAUUUAUGACUGGUUGUUUCAGAACUUUGGACUUCUGAUCUGAUUAUUUGGGGUGAGGUUGCUUACUAAAACACCUUUCUCACGGGGUGACUUGACGCAAGAGGUAACCAGAGUUUAACAUCGUGGGAACCUCGUGCGAUAACAGCACGGCAUUCGUGGACCACCUUGGACCACCGUGGCGCUAACGGCAGGUAAUCGUGUAACUUGGGUACUCGGGAGAAAAUUCAAGCCAGCUUGAAUUUCUCCAAGAGUAACUUGUACACUUGUGGUUGAGCAUUGCAACAUUUUAUGAACGUAGUGGCCAGUGCGAUAUCCGUAGUAACUCUUGCGGUUACCGUGGGAACUCCUGCGAACGGUAAACCCGGAAGCUGGACAGAGGGGACAGAAGGCGAGUAAAAAAGGUGUUCUCAAUGUCGCCAAUGGAACAUGUGUCCAUCGAGGACGUCCCACCUCAUUGUCAUUGUUGGAGAAUCUUUUUAACAGGAACACGCAGAGAUGGCUCCAAGAAAAGCUCAAAGAAAGGAGGUAAAGCGUGUCUGAAAGGUUUUUGCCAUGCAGGAGAAUGAGGAGGAGACGCAGCAAGAGAGACAGGUGGAGAGGCAACAGGAGAUGCCAGAGAUAACACUGCCUGUGGGCUCCUUGGAGCAGGGAGAGGGUGAGCAAGGUGGAUUUCAGAUUGCCUCCCCAGUAGCCGUUGUAGGAAUAGCCUCUACAGACGCUUAUGUAAAGGGAAGAUGGCAGAAGGUAAGGCCAUAUAACUUCUCCAGGGAACAAGAGGGGGAACUUGUAGAAUGGUACCAAUUUAACGAGAUUCUCUACGAUAAAUCCAGAGAGGAUUAUAGAAACAGGGAGAGAAAACGGAACCUGCUGGAGACGAAGGCUGCGGAGUAUCCCGGGUGCUCAUGUGAGUAUAUAUAACGAUAUAUCAGUUCAUCAACAGGAGAACCAUUUAAUGUUAUCCAAGAUUUAAAAACAUACAAUGCUAUAGAUGUAAAAGUGCUGUUUUUGCAGUUAACUUAAACUUCUCUUAUAAGUCUGUCUGUGCCCUGCAGCUGCAAAGUAACAAAGUCGCAGACAGCUUUUACAACCUCUGUGUUUGAGGUUGGAAUCAUGUCUCGAAGAGCCAUAAAAUAAAUUAUGCACGAGGGCAGGCAAUUCUCACUUGUAAUGCUUGUCUUAAAAAGGGCCAUCUGGAUUUACAAACUUGUGCUCAGGUAUCCAAGAAGCACAAGAAAUAGCAGAUUAAAUGCAGAGGGCAGGCUCUUAAACAGGUGUCUAGAACUUUUAAUAUAACGGAAUACAUCCAAUGCUUGAAGUUCUUUUUAAUUCCACCACUGUACUGUAAUGCAGAUGACCAACUCAUGCAAUGGUUCACUAAUCAGAGGACCAUCUAUGGAAAGGUCACCGCACUUGGGACCAAAACAGGGUCAGCUGACAGCGCACUGACAGAGAGGAAUAGGUGGAUCGAAGAGAAGUGGCGGCCCCUAUCAGAGCAUAUUGUGUGUGUAGUGACCAGGACUAGCGCACCCAAGGAACAACACAUCAAUGACCAUGCGUCCGAUGAUCCUCUGGAAGGGACUUCCACGCCAAGGCCAUCCACCAGCCAACAGCACCACAGUAGGCAAAUUUCCAGUAUUGACCUCACCACACCCGGAGGUGCUGAAGAAGGGACAGAUGGAAACAGCAUUAAAAGUCUCAAUAAUACUGUUCGAGACGGUAUUAAAUUGUUGGAGGAAGGACGCCUGAGACCGAACAGCUUAACGCAGAGGGCAGUAGACUUCUGUCAAGCUGUUAUGGAAGAAGAAAUAACUGAAGGACACUGGGAUUUUGUAUGGAAUAUGAUCAAUGGGGCAAUCACUUAUCGAAAUAAAAAGUUAAUGGAAGCACGUGCACCUGAGGCGCAGCGUCCACUGGUUCCUCAGCCUCGCCCGCCUCACUUCUAUCACCAGUAUACAGAUAGGACAUAUGGAUUGCCGCAUGCAAUGGGAGCACAGCCACAAUUCCGUGCUGAACAGAGACACUCACCAUCACCACUGAUGUUUACAGAGCAGCAGCCUGCUAGAAAUUCACCUUUGCCUUUUGUUUACAGAGAGGGCCGUGCACAAACACCAUUACAAGAAGGGACAGAUUGUUUCGCUGACUUCAAUGACUCCAGUUAACCCUCGGACGUUGAGAAUUAUUUAUGUGGUGUUUAAGUAACCGUUUGAGUUUUAGUUUACUUUAGUUGUUGGCCACUCAACAUUUGGUGUGACAUCUAGAGUCCUUUAUAAAUGUCUGUAUGUUAAUAUGUGUGUCUUUUCCUCUUGGGCAUUACUUUGUUUCUGUUGGUGGCUCCACAUUUUAUUAUAGCCUGAAGUGGGAUAAAGCUUUUAACUCAGCAGUUUGAUUGUCAGUGCUUGUUUACCUCAUUGUUCAAUAAAUAUAUUUUUCACGAUCAGCUUGAUGUCUGCAAUUCUUCAUCAACACAUGAUUACAAGAUGAAUGUCUCUAAUGUUAUAAUCCUUCUCAUGCUGAAACACAAAAUAGUUGAAGGGAGGUGAUAUAAUCACAUUUUCAUUUAUUUUCAUUUUUGAGUGUUCAGGUCCAUCAAUUGCUGAGCUAUUUAAACGUUUGAAAGUUUCACCUCUCGGUAGAAAAUAAAAUAAGCCAAUCAGCACGGUAAAUGUGAGACAAAAGUCUUUAUUCCUAUUUGACAAUAUAAAAAGACAACUUCUUGCACAUAUUGAGCGAAGGUGCAUCACACCAAACAUUUGUCUAUAAAAGGGCCUCGCAAACACGAAAAUCAACAAAUCAACACAUUAUAUUAAUUAACCUCCGCAACAAGCCUAAACUCAGGCAUUAAAAGGGACAAUGCAAUGUGCUAAAUGGCAGGUUUUGCGGACGAACAUCUUACAGGAAGCACUUUUCAGAGGACAACACUAGAAAUUCAGCUUAUUUGCUAUGCAUUUCUGCUAACAUGCAGUAGUGUUCCUGUGGUCGGCUACCCAUCAAUAUGGCUGUCCUGCCACGGCACACUCCCCAAUUGUGAAUUGUAGUAAGCGCAGAGAUGGCCUCUUUGCUCUUUCACACUGUAUGUGCCCGAGUUACCUUUGAAACGCUGCAGUUGCACCAUUUCCGCAUAGUUUGCACCAUUUCCCCAUGAACCUAAUGUUAUUCCCCCUG